UUUUGCCGCGCAGGAGUGAACUCGCCAUGGCGGGCUUGGUGUCGCGGCACCAGGCUCUUUACAAGGGGUUCCGGACCCCGCCGUGGAAAGAGACUUUCCGGCAGCGCUGUGUGGAUCGACUGAAAAGUAGUCGGGCUAAGUUGCUUGAAAGAUAUCGUCAAGUGGGAGAAAAUGGAGCAAGUAGACCAAAUAAAACUUUGCUGGUACAGGAGGUGAUGGAAGUCGAGUGGAAAGCUUUGCAAUCUCUGGAUUCUCAGGUACCCUCUCUGAGAAAGCAAGAUUCUUCCCAGAUGCUUGAAGAACUGGCUGUAUUGGAUGAAAUCCAGCAGGAACUGAUCUUGCAAGAACAGCUGGCCAUAGAGGAGUAUGAGCAAAGUCUGAAGUUUGAGGAGGAAUGCCUUAAUGCAAUGCUUGAUGGCUUAGAUACAGAACACCAUAUCAUCUGUCCUGUUUGUAGAAGGAACAAUCUCAGUGUGUCAAGUAACAUGGUUGCAUGCCAGUGUGGACUCUGCAUCAAUAGCCUGGGGAUGACUGAGGAAAAGCUCCUGUUGCUCUUAGAAGAAAGCCUGAUGGAACACAGCCAACAUUGUCAGCACUGUCCUGAAUUCACUGUAACUAAUAUGAUGGAAGAAGCUAACCUCCUUAUGAGCUGUCAGGCUUGUGAUUCCUGGACAGUGAUUUUUUAAUUCCAUCUGUAUAGCCCUACUUUUGUAGAAAUACAUUGCUGCUGUCUCCCCUACCCUUUUCUUUAGAAGGGUGUGUGUAUAUAAUACAAUGUAUAUAAGUACAAAAAGUGUCCUCUACUUUUAAUUUAACUGGAUCUAUGCUAUUUUUUUCUAAUGUGUUCUGAGGAAUAAACUCCUUUUAUGAUAAGAACUGGGGAUUAUAGGUUUGGGCAGACUUUUGGUUGCAGUACUUUUUUGUACAAAUUCUUGGAAAUUUUGAUCCAAAUUGCAUAUACUAUCACGAGGGGAUUAAAGGAAUUGCUAUGUGUGAAGCACCUGUUUUGCAAAGAAUGUAUCUUAGAUUCCAACUGGUGACAUUUUUGCUUAAAGGUCAGAUAGCAGAAGGGGAUGGAUAUAUUUCAUUCUUGGACAAAUCUUAAUUGUACAAUUGUUGGCCAAUGUACCAGUCACCAACUCUGAAUUCCUGUCAUUUAGUGGAAACAACACUGGGCAGUGAUCCAAUUACAUAACAUUGCAUGUCAUCUUUUUAAUAACAUCUGGAAAUAAAGUAUGGGUGGGCAACAGCUUUUUCCUACCAGAUAUGCUGGUGAAAUUGAGAGCUGUGAUUAAAAGGAGGAGGGCAAACUACCCCUCAAUAACCAGAAAGACUCUGGUAGCCCUAAUGUAUCUUUUUAGAUGAAAGACACAAUGCCUUAUUCCACGAAAGGGUUUUUAGCCUGGCUUCCCUUUGUCCCAAAGAAUUCUGCUUUAAGCUAUGGCAUAAAGAUCCGCUGAAAAUGGAAAUACAGGUUUCUAUUGCAAGCUCAUUUUUCUGGAGGUCCAGUUGAUUGGCAAUUUCCAUUUUAGAAAAUCCCAGAAUUUGGAUUCAGGGAAAUACCUGAUGUAUAAGUUGGUACAUUGAGGCAAGUUUCUUUUACUUAUUUCGAGAGCCGCUUUAACAGAGAUUGGAUAGUAUAGGAAAAAUCAAUAUAAAAUACUGUAUUAUUUAAACACAAGCUGGGAUAGAGAGACAAGACUAUACCAUCAGGUAUAUUACUAUUUCCCACAUUUUGGAGGAUAAAUUCUUUGAAAUCAAUAAACUAAAAUUACCUUAUGGUAGCCAAGCAGUAUCUGAGCCAGAUGAAAGAUCAUUUUGUAGUUCCUUCCAUCUUAAAUAAAGCCUGACAUUGAUGCUGUACUCCCACCAAAAUAUGUAAUAUAAAUUGGGUACCUCCAUUUGCAUUUUUUCCUUGCUAGCUUUAAAAGAUCAAAUUCAAGUCAGAUGCAAAACAGUGGCUCAUAUAGAUUAGUUGACCUAUUCACAUUACAUACUAGUGUGAUGCAUUCCCUGAACAAACAAUAUAACAUAUUUGCACUAAUACACCAAAUGUAUUAAUUCCUGCCAACAUCAGUUCUGAUCAAUGUUAUAUGCUGCACUUAAAAUCAUUGUAAUUUUUUUUUCUGUUGGGCUUUGUAAAAAAA